GCGCGUUCACAGCACGCAUCCCACCCGCACACAUCUCACUCAGAUCACAGGCACGCGAGGAAAGACAAUUAAAAAUUAAAAAACAGCAAUUAGAAGAAAAAAAUGUCUAUGGCCGUUUUGCGCGCGAUCCGAAUUUCGAACGCGAGAAUUUAAAAAGUGAUGUGCUUUCAGUGUUGAAAUUCUCCGUGCCCCGUUUCGAAUUGUUUUAAUUUAGUUUAUUCGACUAAAGGGUUACGGUUGUUUUGUAUGUUUAAUUGCUGCGUGUCUACAACUUUAAUAGUUUCGGAUUUUUGCUUUGGAGUAAUUUCGGAUUCUAUUAUGGUGCUCGGAGUGAAGGGUGAAUGGACGUCAAAAUGCUUAUAAAUAUUGGGCUUAAAGCCCAUAGCCUGGCCGACAGGUUUUACAGAUGGUGACGUGUGAAAGUGAGGGUGCGCUCGGCGGGUUUCGUCUGGGUACGCGCGAUGACGAGACACGCCGGCCCCGAGCACCCAGCGUCUGUUCACUGUCUCUCUAUAAGCAGAAGAUUGACGCACUCUUUGACGAUUCACGCUCCGUGAAUAGUCUGCCCUACGGAACUGCCGGAAACAUUGGUAGAAGAGAUAGCAAGGUUAGUUCAACGGCACGCGACAGCAAAGUGGCAAUCUAUGAAGAUGACGAUCACUACUGUCAAGGGAAAAUGAAUAAAAUUAACAACAUGGUACAGGAUCGCAUAGAGCGUAUGUUCGCAGACAUGGCAGGUGAACCCAGACCAGCCAGCGAAAGCAUUGGCGUUCACAUGUUCAGCGUGCACUAUCUCGGCUCUACGCCCCUACAUAGCAAGGUCACCAGCUUAUCUGGUCUUCAGUCUCCUCUCAAAGAUUUGUAUUUCGCAUACAGAAGAAAUUUUCGCCAUAAAGGUGCUCUAACGGGCCGAUUAGAAAUCUCUAAAAGCGGACUGAAAGUUCGUUACAAAGGAGAAAAAGGGGACCUUGAACAACUCAACCCUUUCCCUACGAUAGCGGUUUGGUCUGCUGUUAAAUUCAUUGUCCAACCUUCAGAGCAGAAUGGUCACGAAUUAAGCUUUGCUUUCUUGCCCCUUAUUACUGAUCCGGAUCAUAUUGACAAGGAUGCAUUAUUCAAAACGUUAGAACCUGCUGACAGAAAAUAUAUCCUCUCCCACAACGAAAACUCUCAUUCACCAAUUUUCGCUGUAGUGAUGAGGAAAAUUGGCGUCGCAAAGCAGCUAGAGUGUCAUGGAUUUGUAUGUCAAACGACCGAGGACGCUAUUGUUAUAGCAGCCACGUUAUACAAAUCUCUUAUGUCACACAUGAGUCGGCAAGGCCACAAUGAAAAGAAGAAACUGAAAAACAGAAAUGGAGUUAGCUGCAUGAGCGUAGCGAGUAGUUCUCCGAAUGAAAUCCCUGUGAGACCACCACGCAAAAAAAGGAGUACGUCCUCUCAGAGCGGUGAUAGUGAUAGAGCUGAUGGCUUUUCGGCGAGUGAAACUUUCAACGAGAAGCCAAAACUGGAAAGGACUAAAAAGAUAUCAUCGGAGAGUUUGCCACACCCUCCUCCACCUCCGUCCAUUCCUCCCGCCGAACCGAAACGAAUCACUGUAGAAGAGGUGAAAGCAAAAUUGGACUCCAUUAAGCACAACGAUACUAGCGGUAGUGACACGCAAGAGUCUAAAAAGUCUUUUUCAAAAAUAGUUCCAAACAAUCCUAAAUUGCAAAAUCUAAAGAAACUUAGUAGUACCGAUUCUUCGGUUCGGAGUAAAGUAUCUGAAAAGAUUGAACUCUUUAGAGGAUUGGAGAGAAGGAAUCUGCAGAGACCACCGACAGUGCCGCCACCUGUACCUUCAAAACCACCUUCAGAAUCAGGUUUGGAUCAAACAAAGGAGCCUUUAAGGAGAACCCAGAGUCAGCGAAAAUCAUUGAAUGAAUCUGGUGAUAUAUUGACGAAGGUAGCAAUUCCACGAUCAGGAAGUUUCCUCAACGCCGGUGGAUUAACUCGUUACAAAUCGAUUGGUCACAGAAAUAAUGGAAAAAAGGGAGGCGGUUCGCCGUUAGGAUUCAACGAACUAUUCAACGAAUUCAAAGUACAAGAGAAUUUGCACUCGAUGGAUGAAAUUUUAAAUGCCAUAAUUGACGCAGAAGGAAUGUCUUUUAACGAUUUAAAACCGAUUUACAAAGAAUUCCUAUUAAAAUUAGCCGUAACUUUGACGAAAGAUGAAAUAUUCCAGCACAGUAAAGCAAUAAUGAAAAAGCAAAAAAAGAAAAUUCUAAGAAGAAACAGCAUGUUUCAGAAUAAACGAAGAAAGAUAUUCAAAGGAGCUAGUGGUCUUCGAAUGGUUUUCAGAAUGCCCUUCGGAAAGGAUUUGCGUAGAGAAAAGAAAAAACAGCUCGAAUCGUUUGAUAUUGAAAAAGCAGGAACUAAAGAUCCUAUUUCUGAGAGUCCAGUGUCAACAUCGAGUUACGAUUUGAGGCAAUUUAGACCAAAAGAGCCUGUGUUACCACCACCAAAAAGACAAGCAAUGAGGCAUAGAAACUCGAAACGAUCUGACAAAAUGGUCCAUGUAUCACGACGCAAUGGAAAAGUGUCCAGGCCUGGAGAACGGACAUCAACAUCUGAAGAUUCUGACUUUCUAACUCUGAGUAAUAGGCUCGGAUGCCAAAACAGAAAUAGUUCGAGUGGUUAUGUUUCAUGUUCGGAAUGCGAAUCCGAGAGUUGCAUUGACAGAUGUUACUGCUCGUUGAAAGAUUGCAAGUCGAAAUGUUACUGUUCAGCAACUGAGAUUCAAAGAGAAAAGGACUCUGCUAAAGCUCGUCUAUUGUCCAAGAGCAAAAGCUGUAAGGAUUGUUCUAAGGAAAUAUACGAUGCCGAUUUCAGCUACUGCUCCUGCGAUUCUGAAAGCUGUGCUGACAGUAAUAAGUGUUACUGUGCGGGACCACAUCGAGCAAUUAUGCAGACCUCACAAAGUUUGGAAUACUUGCGCAGUCCUUCGCAAAAGACUUAUACCGAUAGGUUGAAAAAGGCCUUUGAUGAGUAUGAUGAAAAGAAAAUAAAUCGCGCAAGAUCGUCAUCAAGUCGUCGGCGCGAGGAGCGCAGUCGGCGUGCGCGCAGCUCGGACAGUUUAGCUUUGGACUACGAACUACUAUUGCAGAACAAAGCCAGAGACACUACCAGCCGCAACAUGCAAAGAUUGACUGUCCGAAGCACAGGUGCAGGAUCCCAAGAUGCUCUAAGUGUCAAGAAAUCAGCUGAAAUGGCAGCUCUAUUCGCUGAUGUGAGAUUAUCUCAGCGAACUGACGUAAGGUCUCUAGCUGGAGGAAGAAGACCUCGUCCACCUCCAUUGCCGCCGUCUCCACCUCGCUCAGUUCCUCUUGCUAGAAUGUUCGAUCAUCGACCGCUGAGUCGCAACGCUAGUUUAGAGGACACGCUGGGAUAUUUACCUUAAUUAGAGGAUUGUUUAAAGUGCAACUGAUGAAAGAAUUUGUCUUGUGUCUCUUAUGAUAAUGUAUAAAUUCUAUAUAUUUCCUACAAGUUACAAUGUAACUACAAUUAUUGUCCAUAUGUAAGGGCUGAAGAAUAAUAUCAUGAUAAUUAUAACAAAUUUCUAAGAUGGCUUAUUUAAUAUUUGUAAAUGUACG